AUGAGAGCAGAGAUAUCGAACGACUUGAUACAAACUGAGGCGAAUGUGCAACAUGGAGCAAAAUCGCCUCUUGAGAGUACAAUGUCCGAGCAACAAACGGGCUAUGUAAAUCGUCCAGAAGGCGAAAUGGAUAUGAUGAUCGGUUUCUUCCUUAUGAACGGGAUAUGUGUAGCAUUUUUCUUGCUAUUCGGGCUGUGUGUCAUUUUCUCGUGCCUACGGCAACGACCAAAAAUCUUCCGCAAACAGCAACGUGUGAGCAAACAAACAACACCUCCACCACCUGCUCCGAAGUUUAAAAGAAUUGUUUCACGAGCGAUCAGAACUGGUGCGAUUGAAACAGUGAAGACAGAGUUGGAAGGUGGUGAAACAUCUCAGGAAAAGAAGCCGGCAGGAGUGCAGGCGGACGAAACUCAAAUUCAAGUACAUGUCAUUCCGCCUCAAGGUGAAAGUAGCAAACAGCGAAAGGCUAGCUCUACCAUAGAAGUCGAGAGCGAAGCUGAAGUUUAUCAAAAAAAUUCGAUCGUUCGUCAGAAUCUGCUAGGCCCUCUUAGCUUCGAUGACUUGUACUACACCUAA